AUGGAGGCGCCAUUGCUUCCGGCAGUGAACGGCGAUGAUGUUCGAGACUAUGAGCCGGUGACGAGCUGGAAGGAUGCUCGGUCGGUGACUUGGAUAGAGACUAAGAAGCUGUGGAAAAUAGGGGGGCCCAUCGCCUUCACAAUCAUCUGCAACUUUGCGACCAACUCUGUUUCCAUCAUGUUUGUCGGACACCUCGGAAACCUUCAGCUCUCUGCCGUCUCAAUCUCUCUCUCUGUGAUCUCAACCUUCUCUUUCGGCUUCAUGCUCGGCAUGGGGAGUGCAUUAGAGACGCUAUGUGGUCAAGCAUUUGGUGCUGGAAGGGUUAACAUGCUUGGAGUGUACAUGCAAAGGUCAUGGAUCAUUCUAUUUAUCAGCUGUGUCAUCCUCACGCCAAUCUACGUUUUCACUGCCCCGAUUUUAAAGCUUAUUGGGCAGGACGAAGAAGUGGCUGAUCUUGCUGGAACCUUCACCGUAUAUGUCAUUCCUCAGUUAUUCUCACUUGCCAUCAUGUUCCCUUCCCAAAAGUUCCUUCAGGCACAAAGCAAGGUUGCUGUUCUUGCAUGGAUUGGUUUUCUGGCCCUUAUUAUACACAUUGGAUGGCUCUUUCUCUUCAUUUACGUGUUGGAUUGGGGCAUCUAUGGUGCAGCUAUAGCAUUUGAUAUCACAGGUUGGGAACUUGCGAUUUGUCAAGUUAUUUAUAUAAUCGGUUGGUGCAAUGAAGGGUGGAGUGGUUUUUCAUGGUUAGCUUUCAAAGACAUCUGGGCCUUUGUCAGGCUCUCGCUCGAAUCAGCUGUCAUGCUUUGCCUUGAGAUUUGGUAUAUGAUGAGUAUAAUCAUUCUUACUGGCCAUCUUAGCAAUGCUGUGAUUGCUAUUGAUUCACUUUCUAUCUGCAUGAAUCUCAAUGGAUAUGAAGGAAUGUUGUUCAUUGGAGUUAAUGCUGCUGUAGGUGUUCGAGUUUCCAAUGAACUUGGAUUGGGACGUCCAAGAGCAGCUAAAUACGCUGUCUGCGUGACAGUCCUUGAGUCUCUGCUCAUUGGGAUUGUUUGCAUGAUUGUCGUCUUGAUAACGAAAGACUACUUUUCUGUCAUCUUCACAAGCGACGUGGAAUUGCAACAAGCUGUUGCGAAGCUAGCAUUUCUUCUUGGAAUUACCAUGGUUCUUAAUAGUGUCCAACCCGUCAUUUCUGGUGUUGCUAUUGGAGGUGGAUGGCAAGGACUGGUGGCUUAUAUCAACUUGGGUUGUUAUUACAUUUUUGGCCUCCCACUUGGAUUCCUUCUUGGUUAUACAGCAAACUUGGGAGUUAAGGGAAUUUGGGGAGGCAUGAUAUGCGGAACUGCUCUUCAAACGUUGCUUCUCUUGAUAGUGCUUUAUAGAACCAACUGGAACAAGGAGGUUGAACAAUCUUCGGAGCGAAUGAAGAAGUGGGGUGGACAUAACGUUGAAGAUGAGAAGAUAGCUGACAACCGUAUAUGA